AUGUCUACUUGGGAAAAUUUAGAGCCUGUUCUUUACAGAGACUGCCACGCUUCUUUAUUGACAGUCAGGCUACCGGUAUUAAGAAGUGCCCUAGAACUGUUAAAAUCCAACGAUAAAAGUAAAACUGAUAGCUCGGCGUUGGAAUUGAUUUUCAAUUGCGUACUAAGCACUUAUGAUUUAUAUCAGGAUAAAGAAUCAAAAGUUCUAGUCACUUCAAUCCUGGUCCAAUUGUUUGAAACCGACCCCAUCUAUUGUAAAAAGAUAAGUGAUUUUGUUAUCAAGACUGCCAGCACUCAAAACUGCCCUUCUAAAGCUGUUACUGAUUAUUUAAAUUUAUUGGAAUGGGUGCUUAAAUUUUUGAAUUUGAUUUAUGAACAAUCAGAUGAGCUCUUCAAUGUUUAUUGGAAAGAAAUAGUCCACGCUUAUGUGAUGCUUGUAGCAGCUAUCGAGACUAUCCUAGAUACCCAUGAACCUUUUAAGAAAGAUUUGAAUAAGCAAAACCAACAUCGUAAGAGAUUGAGGCUCUGUGUCUUCCAACAAUCUGUUAAGAGUUUCGUUAGUUGUGUGAACCUGGAAUCUACUACAGAUUCAAAAUCUAAUAUUGUUGAUGAUGUUAUUCCAUUGUUAUUAGACAACUACUCGAAAUUGAAGCUUCCAAAUACUGGUGUAGUUAUCACUCUGGGAUCCCUAGUUCAUUCUGUAUUACAGUGCCAAGCCAAGAAACCAAUUCCUUUGCAUUCGCUGGAACAGUUGACUGAAAGAUUAGUAGAGUAUCUCGGUAAAGAAGUUAUCCUCGCCAAAGAGUUGCCUUCAGCAUUCUGUUUGGAACUUUUCCUGAAAGAAUUCCUAUAUUCAUUUGUUACUGAAGAACAAGUUCAGAAGCAUUUGAUUCCAAGCUUUGAGAAAGCAAAUUUAAGAUCACCAGAAACAUCUUUCACCCAAUCUGCUGAAUUCUAUUCGGCGUUCAAUUCUAACAAAGUUAAUAGUUUGGGUUUAUUUGUUUCAUCAAAAUGCAUUACUCAAACCUUUACAUCAUUCAAAAGCUCAAAAGAUAUCGUACGUGAAAGCUCCUUGAAGUCCCUAAUAUCAUUAUUGAGGUCAAUAUGUUCUGAUUCCUGUGACGAAUCAUCUUUACAAAAACUUGUGGAUGAGGCUUUUAAGAACAUGAAAACCAACCUGAAUACCGACUAUAAGAUUAUUAUAUCCAACUUGUUAAUAAAUGUACCAACUUUCUCCAAUCAAGUGUCUUCAAAAAUCGUGGAUGGGUUGAGAACUUAUAUUUCGAAGGAAUCCAAUGAGACAGCAUUGAAUAUUAUGUUAUCAGCAUUUUUCCACCAUUUGUCCUCAUUAGAAACAGCAGACGAAGUUUCAAUUGCUGCCAUAAAGUCCGGUUUUAAUGAGAAUAAGUUACCUUUGAGAAAGAUAUGGUACAAUUCUUUUUUAAGCAACCUAAACACUGCAAAACUAAAUAUCAUUGUUCAGCUCGAAGACGAAACACUUGCAUAUCUGAAGGAGGUCUGUAAUAAUCCAUUAAAAAAUGGAGAAGGUUCAGCAUAUGGAUGUUUCGUUUACAUUCAACAUCUUAUUGACUUGAGUGCAACUGCAAUACUUUCCAAAAUCGAUGACAUCCUUGAAGCACACAAGGAGUCAUACGGUCUUUCUUGGAUAUAUGUUACCCUAUCCACGCAAGUGCCUUUUGAACAGAGAAAGCAAGCUUUACAGCUUCUAAACUGCGCAUUUUACAGGAACCCACAAUUUGUCGGCAAUGCAAUAAUUGAUGCUUUUGAAACUUUGUCAAAACAAAAGAAUGAUACUCUUUCGCGUAUAUCAUUUUGUUUUGCAGCACCUUUAUUCAAUACCCUAUCUCAGAAACUUUCGGAUAAGUCUGUCUCCGUACAUUUGUUAACAAGGCUGUUAGUAUUAUCCCAAUUAGACGGCAUUAAAUUGAAGAAUGGAUGGGCUGGCUUAGUCCUUAAUGCAGAGUUGGAUCCUUCUGAAAUAGUGAGACAAUACGGUGAGAAAUUAUUCGACAAUAUGAUGUAUUUGCUUAACAGCGCUGAUAAAACAACACCAGAAUUAAGAAGAGCCAUUAUUAAAGCCAUUUCUCACCUCUCAUUUAUCAAUCCUGAGAUCACCUCACCUUUGGUAGCAAGCAUGAUUCAAUUAAACUUGGAUACAACAAAACUAUCUGCUGUGACAGAACAAGAAAUUGAAAUCUGGAACGGAAAAGAAGGUACACUUGUCGUCGAUGUACUCUCUGCAAAACAAUCAGCUAUCUUAAACAACAAGAAUUCAAAGGAUUAUGAAAUUCUAAAAUGGCAAGAAAGUAUAAGAAAGGACCAAGCCAAGAAAGGUUCAAAGAAGUUGAACAAGGAAGAACAACAGAUUGUCGACGAACAGUUGAAAAAGGAAUCAAAUGUUAGAUCAAGUAUUAAUGAGCUCGUUUUAUCUGUGAAAUGCGUUAUUGAUAUCAUUUCUCAGUUGGCUUCUGAAGCAAAUCUUUUGGAUAAUGGUAUCAAAUAUUGGUUCCCCACAUCUGUGAAUUCGUUGUUAGAUAUUCUACAACAGAAAAACUUUUAUUUGCUAUUUGGAUCACUCGGAUUUGACGUAUUUUUGCAAUUAUCCUUUUUGUUGGAUGAUAGGUUAGGAAUGUUCGCUAAAACUGUUGGUUACGCAACGAUGAUAGUUCAUAGAGUUCCUCAUCUUCUUUCAGAUCUGAAUUCAGAGACUAAAUUGGAACUGAUUUCAACUGCAUUAUUCAAAAUCAAACAUGGUUGCAGACAAAUACCUUUCCAAUCUAUGGCAUUGACUUAUAUCCUUCCACUACUCGUAAAAGUAAUGGAAAUCGGUAAAAAAGUUGCAAUCAAGAAUGCUAAUAAACCUACAAAUCGUAGCGAGUUUGUGGAAGAAGAUCCUGAGGAAGAACAGCUACUUUUGGCUUUGGAUAUCAUAUCUACUCAUGGCGAAGCAUUCCAAGAUACAUCUAUCCCUCGUCAAAGCAUAGUAUCAGUUCUCUUAUCUCUUUUGGCUCUCCCAUCCAAGGCAAAAUUGGCAAAGGAGUAUUUCAUCUCUUUAUGUCAAAAUAUAUCAAUACAUCCAACUAAGGAAGAUUUAUGCCUUUUAUUGAAAAGCUUGCUAACUUCAAAUCAAUUUGUUCAGGCGACUGUGUUGGAGGCACUUGAUGAUGAGUACGACCUCGAACCACUUAUGGAAUACUCUCCUGAAGUUUAUAUUACUUGCUUUAAUGAAGAUGAAAAUAAUAGGGACAUCGCGAACUUCAUAUGGAAAUCAAACGAAUUCAAAGUUAUGGAUCAGCUAGUGAACGAUUUAUUGAAUUUCUUUGAACAGGAGGAUAGUGGUCUAAGACUCUUCACAGCUAGGGCGUACGCAUCUGCUGUCUCAGAGUUGCAGUUGGAAAAUCCAGAUUCAUUCAACCGUUACUUCCACGAACUAUUGAACUUUUAUGCUUUGAAGUCAGAACCUCCUAAGGAUAUUCUUGAUGACUACGGUUUGGUUAAAAUCAGUGCAACAGAGCAAAAGGACCCUUGGGAAGCAAGAAGUACUACUGCCAUUGCACUGAAAGAACUUUGCCGUGCAUUUAGUUCCAGUCCUGGUGCUGUUGUUGAAUUCGUACAUUUCCUCAUUGAUUCUGGAGCAUUAGGUGAUAGAGAGGAAAUUGUUCGCCAGGAGAUGAAAGAAGCUGGUAUCGAAAUCAUUAACUACCACGGUAGUAAGUAUUUGCAAGAUUUGAUGCCAAUAUUUGAAAACUUUUUGUCUUCUUCUACUGAUGUUUUGAUGAAAGAAAAUGUCGUUAUUCUAUAUGGUUCUCUAGCUAGACACUUGAAGCAAGAUGAUCCAAGAAUUAGAACCAUUGCUGAGCGUUUGUUAAGCUCCCUUCAAACUCCAUCAGAAGAAUUACAAAAAUCAAUUUCAAAAUGUUUAUCUGCUUUGGUUCCCUUAUUCCAGAGCUCUGCCCAAGAAUACAUUGACUUCUCUUUGCAAGCAUUAUUUGACUCACCUGCACCAAACCAAAUUAGAAGAGGUGCUGCUUGGGGUAUUGCUGGUUUAGUAAAGGGGUACGGUAUUUCUGCUCUUUCAGACUUUGAUGUUAUUCGCAGCUUAAUCGAAGGAUCCGAAGAUAAAAAAGACCCACGCUGCCGUGAAUCGGUUGCAUAUGGGUUCGAGUGCCUAUCUCUUGUUCUAGGGAAGUUUUUCGAGCCAUACGUGAUUGAGAUUCUACCGAACAUUCUAAAGAAUUUGGGAGAUCCAGUUCCUGAAGUACGCGAAGCUACAGCACAGGCCACUAAGGCUAUAAUGUCAUCUACCACAAGCUUUGGUGUGAAGAAACUAAUUCCUGUUGCUGUUUCUAACCUUGAUGAUAUAUCCUGGAGAACAAAAAGAGGUUCUGUGGAGCUUUUGGGUAACAUGGCUUAUUUGGAUCCCACUCAACUCUCUGCAUCUUUGUCUACCAUUGUUCCUGAAAUUGUAGGUGUUUUGAAUGAUACCCACAAGGAAGUCAGAAAGGCCGCUGACGAGUCUUUGAAUAGAUUUGGUGAAGUUAUUAGAAACCCUGAAAUCCAGAAAUUGGUUCCUACUUUGAUUAAUGCUAUUGGUGAUCCAACAAAAUACACAGAAGAUGCACUAGAUGCCUUGAUUCAAACACAGUUUGUUCAUUACAUCGAUGGUCCUUCAUUAGCGUUGAUUAUCCACGUUAUUCAUCGAGGUAUGCGUGACAGAUCUGCAAACACUAAGAGGAAGGCUUGUAAAAUUGUCGGUAACAUGGCUAUCCUUGUUGAUACUAGAGAUUUGGUUCCUUACUUACAACAACUAAUUGAUGAAGUAGAAAUUGCUAUGGUAGACCCUGUGCCUAAUACAAGAGCCACAGCCGCACGUGCAUUAGGUGCCUUAGUCGAAAGAUUAGGUGAAGAACAGUUCCCAGACUUGAUUCCUCGUUUGAUGUCCACUUUAAGCGAUAAUACUAAAUCAGGGGAUCGUAUGGGCUCAGCACAAGCAUUGGCAGAAGUUAUCUCUGGAUUAGGUCUUUCCAAGUUGGAAGAGUUGUUACCAACUAUCCUCUCAGGUGUCACAAAUUAUCGUGCUUAUGUUCGUGAAGGUUUCAUGCCUCUAAUGCUUUUCUUACCUGUUUGCUUCGGUCAACAAUUUGCUCCGUACAUAAACAAAAUCAUUCAGCCAAUUUUAUCUGGAUUGGCUGAUCCAGAUGAAAAUAUCCGUGACACUGCAUUGAAGGCAGGUAAAUUGAUCGUCAAGAAUUAUGCGACAAAAGCUAUUGAUCUUCUAUUGCCUGAACUUGAAAAUGGAAUGUUCGAUGAAAACGAAAGAAUCAGACUAUCUUCUGUCCAAUUGGCGGGUGACUUGUUAUUCCAAGUCACUGGUAUCUCUUCGAAGAAUGAGUUCGACGAAGAAGAUGCAGAAUACAAUAGCGAGGUUAGUAAACAGAUGGUCGAAGUGUUGGGUGAAGAACGUCGUGCAAGAAUAUUAUCUGCUCUCUUUGUAUGUCGUUCAGAUGUUUCUGGUAUUGUUCGUGCCACAACUGUCGAUAUUUGGAAGGCAUUAGUUCCAAAUACCCCACGUACUAUUAAGGAGAUUCUACCCGAAUUAACUUCAACGAUUGUCAUCCAUUUGGCGUCAUCAUCAAGAACUCUUAGAAUCAUUGCUGCCCAGACGUUGGGUGAUUUGGUUCGUCGGGUAGGAGGUAAUGCUUUGUCGCAAUUGUUACCUACUCUAAAACAAUCUCUCGAUACCUCAAUUGAUUCCAACUCUAAGCAAGGUGUUUGUAUCGCUCUUCAUGAAUUAAUUGUUUCCUCUAGUAGUGACUCCUUGGAGGCAUUCCAAUCUGUUAUCGUUGACAUUAUCUGUUCUACUGUCAUUGAUGGAGAUGAAACCGUCAGAGAAGCGGCAGCAACUUGUUUCGAUGCAUAUCAAGAAGUUAUGGGUAAGGUUGCAAUUGAUGAAAUUAUACCAUUCUUGUUGAACAAAUUGAAGGAAGAAGAAAACUCACAAUACGCCUUAUCUGCUUUGCAAGAAAUCAUGUCUACUAAAUCAGAAGUGAUUUUCCCUAUUUUAAUUCCAACUCUUUUGACUCCUCCUAUCGAUGCUUUCAAGGCAAACGCAUUGGGUUCAUUAGCUGAGGUAGCUGGACCUGCAUUGUACAAACGUACCUCGACAAUAAUCAAUUCAGUUGUCAAUGCUUUGAUAGAAACAGAUAACACUGAAACAAAACACUCCCUUGAAUCUACUUUGGACAAGAUUUUCUUGUCAAUAACAGAUUAUGAAGGUUUACAUCCACUCUUGCAACAAAUUAUGUCACUAUUAAAGCACGAAGAUGUAGCUAAGAGAAUUGUAGUUUUGGAGCGUCUUCCAACAUUCUUUGACAACACUACGUUGGACUACAACAUCUAUACAUCGGAUAUCGCUACAAAUGCUAUUCUAUCGUUGGAUGAAUCCGAUCCUAGAAUUGUUGAGGCUAACUUCAACGCAUUAACAAGCUUGGUGAAAAACCAGGACAAGUCAAUGCUCGAGAAGUUAAUCAAACCAGCUAAACAGGCUUUGUUAAUGACUGGUAAACAAGGGGAAGAUUUAGCUGCUUUCAAAUUGCCAAAGGGACCAAGUUGUGUUUUACCAAUAUUUUUACAUGGUUUAAUGUAUGGUUCUGGUGACGAACGUGAGGCUUCAGCCCUUGCCAUUGCGGAUAUUGUCUCCAAGACUCCUGCAGCAGGCUUGAAAUCCUAUGUUACAGUUAUCACUGGUCCUUUGAUUCGUGUUGUUGGAGAAAGAUUCAAUAGUGACAUCAAGGCAGCUAUCCUUUAUGCUUUGAAUAUCCUAUUUGCGAAAAUUCCUCAGUUGUUGAGACCUUUCAUUCCUCAGUUGCAAAGAACGUUUGUCAAAUCUUUGUCCGAUCCAACUAAUGAGGUAUUACGUCUUCGUGCUGCCAAGGCAUUAGGAACCUUAAUUGAAUACCAGCCUAGAGUUGAUCCAUUGGUUGUCGAACUGGUAACAGGUGCUAAGCAAAGUGAUGAUGAUGGUGUUAAGACUGCUAUGUUGAAGGCUUUAUUGGAAGCCGUAUCAAAGGCAGGUUCCAAAUUGAACCAAACCUCAAAAACCAAUAUCUUAAAUUUGAUCGAAGAAGAAAUGUUAUCUGCAAAUGAUAAGCUCGCAGUGGCCUACGCGAAAUUAAUCGGAUCCUUAUCAAGUAUCUUAUCAACCGAGGAAGCUGCAACAAUAUUGAAAAGCAAGGUGUUAGAAAGCUCCUUGACUGAAGAUUCUGGUAAAUUCGGUAUUUUGACCCUAAACUCAUUCUUGAAAGAUGCUCCAUCACAUGUUUUUGGCACUGGACUAAUUGAUGAAUGUGUUAACUACAUAAUUGAUGCAACAAACUCAUCAAAUGCUUACUUCAGUGAUAAUGGAUUACUCGCAAUUGGUAAGACUCUAUUAUUAGAAGGCGAAACAAGAACACCUUAUUCCAAACUUGAUGCUAGUGAACCUUUCCAUCUUGGCACAGACAAUAUCAACAGCCUAGUUUCUCAACUUGCUAAGUGUAUGUUGAAACCUAACAGUAAUUCUCUAGACAGUAGAAGAUUGGCUUUGGUCGUGGUAAGAACGCUUGCAAGAUUUAAGUACGCUGAAACUAUCGAAAACAACUACGAUUUACUCGCUCCAUCUGUUUUCUCGUGCUUGCGUGACACAGUGAUCCCAAUUAAGUUGGCUGCAGAAAAGGCAUACUUAGCCAUGUUCCAUCUUGUUGAAGAAGAAAACUUGGAAACCUUCACUUCCUGGUUCUCGAAACUCGAAGGAUCCACCAUACAAAACAGUAUUGGUGACACUUUGCAACUAAGAUCCUUAGGAGAUUACACCAAGAGAGUUGGUAAGAGACUAGCUGCUGUUGAAAGAGACAAGAUUGCAGCCGGUGGAGAUGCCGAGGCGAUGUUCUCUGAUAGAUUUGAAGAUGAAAAUGAAAUCUGGACCGUUGGUGGUGUUGAGCUAAACACUGAUAUUUAG